AUGUGUGUAUCAAAGGAGUGGUACUCUCUUCUAUCAGAUCCACAAUUCAUCAAAGCUCACCUUACUAUGAUCAAUUCCCAAAAACACGAAGAAAAACUGAUUGUCGUCUAUGAUUCUCAAUCUAUUCAGGCUGUUACCUUCAACCAAAAUGGCAAUAAAGUCAUAUCAAGAAAGCUUAAUUUUCAGCAACUUUUAGACGACUGGGCUACUAUUGGUGGUGGCUCAUCUGAUGGCUUAGCCUUGGUGGUUAAUGGGAAAAUGAUGAAGUAUUUCAUCAACCCAACUACUUUAAAGUGCCAGAAAAUUCCAAAUUAUUCCAUUUGGCUCUUCCUGUCCAAGGUGGUUACUCUUUCUUGUUUUGAUAUAUAUGAACCUGAUAUUGUUGAUACUUUUGUGGAUGUCUACUCUUUGAGAAAGGGUCUUUGGAGGAGACUUGAGAGUUCUCCUUAUGGCUCUGAGGUUUUGGUAGAUGGAGUUCUACAUUUGUUAGCCAAUAAAACUUCUGAUUGUUCAUCUGUAAUGGUUGCUUUUUCAAGUGACAAGGAAUUUUUUGUUGUGCCAUGGAUGUAUUCUCAGAUUUAUACAAAAUACAAAACAUAA